AUGGAGCACGCCCUCACUUGCAACAAUCUCAAGUGCAGAAAGGAGCUUGGAGACCGCGCUCUGGUGACGACGUGCAGCCAUAUUUUCUGCCUCGACUGCGUCCAUGUUCUCGGUAUCGCAAAGCAAGACGGGCCAAGGGGUACUGCCUGUCCGGCAUGUAACGCCCACCUUUCCAAACCCGAUGAUGCAGUCAUCACCAAUCUCAAUCCCAGCGAAGACUACAAAACUAGCGUCCUCAGCGGCCUGAGCCCGCACAUUGUCAUGGAAUGCGCGGGACGCGCGCUGAGUUUCUGGGCGUACCAGACGACGCAGGAGAUAUACUAUCAGCAAUACCUGUACAGGACUUUGACGGAGAAGUACAGUGCCCUCAAUGUCAGACUUGAACAAACCGUCAGCGACGCCAAUGCGGAGAUUGAGCGCUUGCGAAACAGGGUCAAUGCUUGUGAGGCUGAGAGCGAGAUCAUGCGCCGGAAAAACGAAGAAUUGGCGCAGGCAUACAAAGACAAGAGUCGGAGGUUACUUCAAACACAAGAGCUUUAUGAUCGCGUGAAGAGGAAGGUAGAAAUGGGCCAGAUUGAACGAGCGGCCUCCGAAGCCGUAGAUUCAUCGCUCAAUGUCCCGCCGCGAGAGCAUCCGCAUCGCGAACACCACGGCCGGGCACCAGAGUUCGACGUUGCCGGACCUAGUAAUCACGGCAACAACAGGGUUGAUAUGCGUCACUUCGGUCGUGGUGUCCCAGUCGCCGCCACAUCCCAGGUUCCAGUGGACAGGAGCGGCUGGCCUGGCACAGGGCCCCGCCUGCAAAGCAAGUCGAUGCCCCCAACUUGCCUCGCGGUCAACCGGGCCUUAUACUGA